UGUCAAUGUGGCUGUGAUGUUCUCAUGAUGUGUACACGCCACAUUAAAAUACAAGUUAGUAAAAAGAAAGAUUAAUUAUGGGAGAUGAGCAUCCAGUCCAGGUUUAUAACACCAGCAGCUCACGCUGUACUUUCUUCAAAGACGAAUAUCAAUGUGAUGUGAUUCUUACAGUGAAAAGAGCGACAGGGACAUUUUCAAUUCUGGCAUGUUUCUUCAUGCUCUGUUCGAUAUGGCUGCUGCGCCGAAAUAACUCUCAGGCCCAGAAAAUGGUGGUCAACCUGACAAUAGCUGCAUUGUUUGACAGUGUUGCUUAUGUUAUGGGAGAGUCUCAUCCAGAAGGGUCGCUGUGUAGUUUUCAAGCCUGGUGGCUCACAUAUUUUGACUGGACUGCACUGGUUUGGGUUUGUCUUAUUACUUUCAAUCUCUACCUGAACCUAGUGAGAGAAAUCAGGACAGAACAUUAUAGAAUACGGUAUCAUGUAGUGGCAUGGGGUAUUCCUCUGAUCAUGUCCACCAUCCCUCUAAUGGCUGGAUACUAUGGUCCCGCUGGAGCCUGGUGUUGGAUCACAGAUGAUCAUGUUGGGUGGAGAUUUGGCAUAUGGUACGUCCCAUUAUUCAGCCUGAUUAUUCUCAUGAUCUGCUGUUAUGCUCGAAUCAUCUGUGUGGCCAACGAGAGGAUGCGUUCAUGGUUAGGCACCUUUAAUCCUGAAAGGGAGAGAAGGAAGAUCUCCUUAGCUGAAGAGAUCAGACCGUUGAAGUGGUAUCCAUCUGUCUAUCUGCUUGUCUCUAUCUUCCCACUUAUAAAUCGACUUCAUAAUGCUGCUUAUCCAAAGGACCCUGUGUUUUCUCUGACGUUACUGCAUGUUCUCAGUGCACCUUUGCAUGGGCUUGCGAAUGCUCUUGUCUUUGGUAAAGACACUUGGAGUCAACUGAGUGUAACAGGAAUAAAGAUGGCGAUUCAGUCUCGGUUGUGUGACAGCACAAGGAUUGAGGAGUACCAUGCUGUAAAUGUAAGAUACACACAUGAGCUCGAUGCGAACUCUGAUUCAGAUGAGGAGGACAGCAAUGUCCUCUUCUACAGUCCGGAUAUGACAUUAAAAGACAGGGCAUCAUGGGAGAAUGUUUAGAGAAGUGUGUGUAUUUGUGCAUAUUUUCACACACUCUGCCUUUUAAGAAUUUCAUGCAGUGUUUGUUUAUCAAGUUUUUAUGUUGACACUUUUUUUUACUAUAGUUGGAAAACAGAAAAAGUGGUUGAUAAAGUCUUUCUUUGCCUUUAAUGACGGGUAGCAUCAUAGCAUUUGUACUGUAUUAAUGAGGCAAAGCAAUUUAUUCAAGCUGUUUACUGCCUUAAUGUGUUUCGUUGUGUAUAAAAUUGAAGCAAAGACUGCUUUUCUGUUUCAUUCAGCUGAAUAUGAUAUGCUUUGAGAAAAAUUAAUUAGCAUGUUUUACUAUUAUAUUUAUA